AUGCUUACCAGAGGUGGCUUCCUCAAUUCGACCACAGUGAAGCGAAUCCUUGUUCGACUAAAUUGCGAAGUCGCGGAUGACUUAGUCCUGGAGCUUGAGCUCAUGGGCCUUGCUGUGGCAACAGGCAUCAUGGACGCGACGACUUUUCCCGAUUACCACGUUUUCGUCUCAAACCAGACUGGCAACACGGCUCUGCUUGCUGUCGGAGCGUUACAUAUUGAUGGUAGUAUUGUGAAGCUGCAAAAUGUCUGCAUUAGCCUUGGGCUUUUCAUUGCUGGUGGCCUGAUAUUAGGCCAGCUCGGAAAUGCAUUUGGCCCUCGGCGACGGCUCUGGCUUCUAGUCACCAAUAUGCUUCAAACAACACUGGUUGUUGUGGCGACAAGUUUGAGAUGGAAGUAUACGACAGGUGAAGGUACUUCCGGCUCAUUUGCGGUCCUGGCGUUGCUCGCCUUCGCAAGCGGGGGCCAGAUUGCUGUCGCGAGGACGAUCAACGUUCCGGAAAUUACCACAGGGAUGGUGACCUCAGCAUACAUUGAUCUCAUCGUUGAUCCGCAAGUGCGGAAAAUAAAUGCGAAGUAUUAUCCAGUGCGACACCAGAUGAUCCCAUCCGACCGACUGCUGCCAGGAACUCUGCUGGUUCGUUUUGAUCUUCGUGACGGCAAGAAUGUCCGUGGAACCGUGUGA